UGUCCCCCAGGGAGAGGGCUUCCUAAAAUAGCCCGUGGUUCCCCCAUAGGGUGCUCCAUUCUUUUUAGUGUGUUGCCGAAGUACAAACCCCGCACUUUCUUUCUUUCUUCCUUUUUUUUCCCCUGACUGCAUUAAAGACAGCGCAAGGUGUAAAAACAUUCGCACAAAAGCACAUGCCACAAUUAAAGCUGUGUUGGUUAGGUUGCUUUCAAAGAAGUUUUUUUUUUUUCUUUUUCCCCCUCUCCUCUUUCUCCGAAGCCUCCUGAAUCUCUCACAUGCCAGUUGAGCUUUAAUAGGGUGGGGAGUAAUGGAGAACUCCUCGGAUCUGUAAUAGCUCUUCACUUGACUGCAGCCAGCAAUAACAGCGGGCGCAGCCAGAGAUAAGAGAGAGGAGAGAGGGAGAGGGGUGUGCGUGUGUAGGAAAGAGAGAGAGAGAGAGAGAAGAGGAGAGGGAGAGAGAGGACACGCACACUAAAGCUGCCACUUUUUUUUCCUCCCCUUCACUCUUUUCCCCCCAUCCUAGGAUCCAAUGAUAGCUGGACAAGUCAGUAAGCCCUUGCUGUCAGUGCGGAGUGAAAUGAAUGCGGAGUUGAGAGGUGAGGACAAGGCUGCUACUUCAGACAGCGAGCUGAAUGAGCCCCUGCUUGUGCCUGUGGAAUCAAAUGACAGCGAGGACACUCCCAGCAGGCUCUUCGGGGCCAGAGGAAACCCGGCACUGUCAGAGCCAGGCACUCCUGAACAACACCAGGCCAGUCAGACCCACCCCCCGUUCCCGGUUGGGCCACAGUCGCUUCUGACGGCACAGCAGUUAGCCUCUGCUGUCACCGGUGUAAUGCCGGGAGGCACGCCAGCCCUCAACCAGCCCAUCCUCAUCCCCUUCAACAUGGCCGGACAGCUAGGAGGGCAACAAGGACUGGUCCUCACACUGCCUACUGCGAACCUCACCAACAUCCAAGGGCUGGUGGCAGCAGCUGCAGCCGGAGGCAUUAUGACCCUGCCAUUGCAGAAUCUACAAGGUGACCAAGAUCGGUGCUCAUCACCUGAAGGGCAAUGCCAGUCGGCCACCUUGUUGGCCAGCAGCCAACCCAAGGAUGCUCUCACCACCUUCAGGAAACCAGCUGUAGCCCUUAGCAAUCCCUAG